AUGCUCCACGCGGUGCCGGAGGCGGAGGAAGGCAGCUCCCUGCCACUGCUGGGCGUGAGGAUGAAUGACACAGAGGGCACCGUGCUCCUGGGUGUCUCGUACACGAGCGACAAGAAGUGGAAAGUGACGGCCGGCGGUAAGUGCCGGAAUUUGACAGAUGAUGAGGCAACGUGGGAGGCAGAGAAGACGUAUCAGGUGGCACUGCAAAUGAAUACUGACGAUGAGUUGUCUGUGUACGUCGACGGGAGGGUGAUCUACGACGGCGAAGAAGAUGACGAUGAAGAGGAAGAUGACGGCAUCGCUUCUGAGGCGGUGAAGACACUUUUCAAGCCGCACAGGAUCUCGAACUUCUACGUUGGCGGGGACGGGGCGGAGGGCACGAAGAGCAGCCACCACGUGACGGUGACGAGCGUCCUGCUGUACAACCGCGCACUGGGCGAAAAAGAGAUCACGCAGCUCAAAAACAGCAAAGUCGCUCAGCCACGGCCGGCUGCUGCGGGGCCAGGCGCAGGGCCGGCUGCUGCCUCCCACGAGCCCAGCGAUGAUGUGGAGGACACCGAUGAUACUCCCGAGAAGGAGUCUGGGGAAAUGGGCGUUGACGGUAUUCCAGCGGCUGGAGCUCUUCCCCAACGACCCCCUGACGGGCAAGCGCCUCCGAAUCCUACAGUUCAAGCAGACGCCGCAAAUCCCUCUUCUCCGGAGCCGGUGGUGGAGUCGUCGCCUUCCGCGCCCCCGUCCCCGGCGGAAGUAAAAAUACAAACACCGGGCGACAGUGACGAGGCGAUGGUGGCAGGCGGCGGGGCGCAGUCGCCGCAGCCACCGGAGGAGGCCAAACGUGAGGGCGGUGGUCACGGUGGUGGUGGCGCCGAACUGCAUCCUGACGGCCAUGCCUCGCCCAGCGCGGCGGCAGAGGAGGAGGGGGUUGGAGAAGAGGGAAGCCGCGAGGAUGCCUCGGCGUCUCCGCCGGCGCCAUCCGCAUCGAACGUGGGCCCUCCUGCAGCACCGGGCGGCAGUCAGACGCAUGCCGGUGAGCCUGCCGCCGCCAGUGGGAGUCAAGCCAUUGACCCCGAAGAGAAGAACGCUGCUCCAGGCCCAGCGGUGAGCUCAGGCGGCAGCCCUGCUUUGACCGACGACGCCGAACCACCCGCCGCAAAGGAGGCACCCGGCACUUCUUCGCCUGCCACCGCUGAAAUGCCUCGUGGGGACAAUGAGGAAGUGCCGCAGGGCGUUGAGAGCGCACCGGCUAAUAAAAACACGCCACCCGCACCUCCGGCUGCCCCUGCGACGCGCGACGCUGCACCGCACUUAAGCAACGGCUCUGCUGCCUUCAAGAGCAUGGCAGGCUUGAGGCCCAGCGAGGGAGACAGCGACAACGUUCUGCGUGGGUGCGUGACUUGGCCAACGCUGCUGACUAUUUUGGCGCUUUGUGGCGUCGCGGCAGGCUUCUGA